GCAGCAGAUGGCGUUUGGAGGACAGACAUGCAUCGAUAGGUUCCCAUGACCUGACAGCAUACCCAUCAUGGUAUCUGUUGGCUUCAGCCUUUCUUAAAUCAUAUUGCCAUGGAGCCACGCAGGGUGAAUGAGACAGAGAGUGAGUCCAAGUGUUUGUCUGCUAGCUGUGAGCAGUCGAGUGGCCACGCCGCUGUUACGCCUCCGCCUGAUCUGACAAACGAUGCCCCCCACGAGCCACCACCUUCAGGGAAACUUCGGAGAACCGCCCUCAGAUUGUUUGGUGGAAGGAAAGGCAUUUGUGUUCUUCCGAGCUUCUUUGGGGGUAGAAACAAAAACCAGAACAAGUGGUCCUCUAAAAAGGGAGUUCGAAAGAGCAGAACACAUGAUGGACUCAGCAAGGCAAACUGGGAGGACGGCGUUGGAAGUGGGUUUGCACCGGCAGGAGACUUCGAGUACCACAUCGAAAAAGACACUGCUGCAAACAGCGGUUGCAGUGAAUUUGGACAUCCAGUCGGUGAUCAGAAGUCUAUGUCUCUUCCACGGCAGAAAAAAGGUUUGAGGGGACUGUUUAACAGCAUCAGGCGACAUAAAAAGAACAGAAAUGGUGAACUUGAGAAACACGAAACGGUCCCGAUGUAUUUUGUCUGUAGCAAAGAGGUGCCUGUUGCCCAGGUUAAAGGUGACCAAAAUAACACAGAGUGCCUGGGUAAGUUGACUGAACCGUAUGUGCCUGACUUGAAUGCAAACACAGGAGAGGGUGAGCCUGCUGUGUCUGAAUGUAUUGAUGUUAGAGUCAUGGUUUCUGAAAAAAACACAAAAGAAGAUAUCCUGAAUGUCGGCUCUGAGAACCAACUGGAGGAAGAAGUGGCUGUAAAGAAUAACGACUCACCUGGUUCCGACAUGAAACUAAUCUCAAACACGUUCGACUCUCUCCCUAACAACGAUCCUGAAUCCGCCGCGAACAGCCAACUGUCUGUCGGCUCUUCUGAUCAGAUCAGCCUGAUAUUCGGAGACGUGGCCUCCUUGAAGAGUUUUGAUUCGCUAACGGGAUGUGGCGACAUCAUCGCUGACCAAGACGACGACAGUAUCGCAGAGAGCACGGUUUCAGGGGAAAGGAGUAGGAAUGGGGGCAAAAGGAGUUCCUGUUACGUAACUUACCAGGGUGGAGGGGAAGACAUGGCCACACCGGACGAAGUGGACCUCCAAGACCUCUGGGAAAACGAGGCUGCCGAGGAAGUUAGCUUUAAUCACAACCAAAACGAAAGCUUGGUGGAACACUCUGACAGCCUGAGACUGACUCCUGAGGAUCCGUCCAGCUGCCUCUACACAGACAUCAGCAGCAGCGGCACCCUUGGACUCACAGACAACACCGUCACCUCCGGAGAUGUUUUGACUCCUCAGAGUGACCAUCAGGAGUCCGUUCCCAACAGCGACGAGGGUUACUACGACUCGACGACCCCGGGGCCGGAUGAAGAAGGCCACGAAAAGGCUGACAGGAUGAGGAGAGACAGACUUCCGAGGGACAGUUACAGCGGCGAUGCUCUUUAUGAGCUUUUUGGGCCAGAUGACAGUCUUAUAAGUCCAGCUUUUGAUAACCAGUUGAAGCUGACCGGCCCCGUGAUCCAUGGGUACUUAGACAAGUCUGCUGAUGUAAAAGAACACCAGCCGUUUGUUUCUGAAAUGGGUUCGUUAGAGUUUGAAAACACGAGUUUAACUAGGAUUCUCCAGGAUCUUCACUCUGCAAAGCUGCCAAGUGACAGCAGUAAACAAUCCAAAGAGCUUGCUUUGUUCACCAAAGGCCUCCACAACCAAGGCUUGAAUAAAAGCAUGACUUCAAAAGCACAGGCCUCCGUGGACCCAGUCACCUCGGAAGCUUUCAAUCAAGGGAAAAUUUCUCAACACGGAAACAAAUUUAGUAACCUCAAAAGUCAACCCCAUGAACAGAGCUCAGAGAAAAACAAGAUAAUGGCCCCACAAUUAAAAAACAACAAAAAUACUUCAAAGCAAAAAACAGCGGAAAUGGAGGAUGACCUAGCAGUUAGCUUCUCUCAAGCCCUUGUUGACUUUACAAAAAAUGCACGUUUAUUCGGCGGUCCUACUGAAGGAAUGAGUGGCUCUGAGUCAACCUCUCCCUUCGCCCAAAACCUGCAGGCCCUUCCUGCCAUGGUAACCUUUGAUGUGGUGGACAUGGAUAACGAAGGAGAGUACGACCAGCAGGUUGACAUGACGAUAGAAGAGGACAUCACGUCGCCAUACGAAGUAUUUGAAGAGAGCUACCUGCAGAAGGAUGCGUUUGCUGAAUGUGACGAUCGAAUGUUUGACCUUUAUGAACAGAGUCUCUUAAGUAACACUUGGGCUAUCACAAGCCUACCACGUCACCUGAGCCUUACUCCAGCCAAUCAGACGACGCCCAGCCGGCUGGCGUUAAACAGGAGGAGCAGAUCUCUGGAUACGGACUGCUUGGAGUUGGAGAUGACAAACAUCUACCUGGGAGGUGGGGCUGUGCCGCCGUCCUGUCAUGUGACUGAGAGAACUUCAAAGAGAGUGUCUUCUCUCCACCGCAAGAAGAAUGGACACACGCCCUCCGCGGAGAGGAAAGACGGCAGCAGCUUCAUGUUUCUGUCAUGGCAACAAGAGCCCGAGAGAUCCUCCGUGUCCACUCUGACAGACGGGAGAAGAGCAGAGAACUGUCCCAGCCGCCGUCUGACCCCAGCCAGGCAUGUCCCGUCCUCCAGUCAGCCUGGGGGGCAGACCGCAAGAAAACCACAGCAGCAGUCUGUAAGCAUAAUAGCGGAAAGAAUGUCCUGCAGUUUUAACUCUCAAAACACAGGCCUUGUGAAUAGACCCUGUUACCUUCCUUUGCAACCAGAGGCCAGUGGAGUCCAAGCCCCAUGUGUUUUCUCUGCAGUGAACCGGGAAAACGUGUACGUGAGGUCGGAUCUGGCUUCAGAUGGCGGGGGCGAGGAACUUUUUUACACCUCUUCACUGAACUCUCAGUCUUCUGGUCAGCUGUGUAAGAUGAGAGAAGGAGGCGUGGCUCACCGCAUGCCUGUCUCUGACUCUCUGGACCUGGGGGACGGAGACAGGAGCUUCUGCAGCAGAGCGAGACCAGCCAUGGAUACAGGGUUCCAUCCGGCUUGUAACAAACACACGGCUGGAGAAAAACAGCCUGACCUGCCGACACCUUUACACAACACUUAACGUAGGCUUGCCGCCCAUACUCACACACAAUGUGCCGCCAAAGACACCAUUUAGCGUGUUUACAUCACCGAAAAUUGAAUGAUUGUUACAUUUGACAUGUAGUAGAUUUAUUAUCUUUCUUUUUUUUUUAUCGAUAAACUACUGUAUUUCACUGUGAUGCACAAGCCUUAUAAUUGAUGUUGUGUUAUCCUCUGAACACGACCACCACACCACGGGAACUCCCUUCACAUCUGUAACUCUAAGGUGGAGGAUCUUAGACGCCUGGUAUUUGUACAAAGUUUCAGAAAUAGUUUGUGACACACUUGGCUGGAUGUCAGGAUCCAAUUUACAGCUGUUAAUGUUUGUAUAUUUUGUAAGUUUGUCUUUCUAGUUUCAUUAUAGAUGGGGCAGCUGAACUUUAGAUUUCAGUUAUCUGUCAGUCUGCUAAAUUAGUAAGUGAUUUUGAAAUGCAUUUGUCAAAUGUGUCUGCAAUGUGAAGAUCUUAAUGGCAGUGCAACCUCAUCAGACACUAUUUUCAGAGACUGUUGAGGAGCCUUGUUUCUGAGCUGAGCUGUAUACAAUAUAUAGGCCGUGGUCAGUGUUUGAGCUCAUCCUCCAUCAUUUCACAAUGUUCUAAUAGUCUAGUUUAUAGACGUUUUACCUUUUUUGUUUUGAAGAAGUUAUGCUUUGUUUUUCUUCAGAUCUGUAUAAUGUAGUACUGUAUUUUUAUGUGAGAAAAUACCUGUAAUUUAUCUGGUUUUAUCAUGAUUUUUAGGCUGUAUUUUGUGUCCGUGGCAUGUGUGCUGACACUACGGAAAGCUAGCUUUAGCUCUCAUCUCUUAAAGCAUCGGAAUAUUGUUUUGUUUGUAGAAAAUACUGAACACGGUUAUUACUGGGAGAGUUGUUACUGGAGAGUUGUUACUUUUAAUAUGUGAGGUGAACAUAAGUUAUCUUGUCAUAUCAUCCUCUUUUUCUAAAUAUCAGUCAUUUCCAUAUAACAAUCACAGUUGAUACUUCAAUCUAUAGCCUAGUCUCUAUUUCCCCAGAUGCAAUCACUGAUAAUAGGAAAGCGGAUUCACAUUACAGUUUAGCUGCUAUUCUAGUUUAUAUCAGCUUCUGGAAUAUUAUUUCACCUUUGGAGAAAGAUUCACCAUGUUAGGUUUCAACAUCCUUCAUUUUCUUUCAUAUAAACCAAUAAUAGUAAAACCUUUCAAUGUUACAGCUGUUUCACAAGACAGGGCUGUGUCAAAGUUGAUAUUCAUGGUAACAAAUAAAACAAGUAUAAAUUCAUGUGUUAAUCCAUAAUGUGGAUCCACAGCAGAACUCAUGUCCCAUCAGAUUGAACUUCUAGGCACAGUUUGCCAGACAUGGAUUAAGCCUAGUCCUAGACAUAAAACAUUUUCAACAGAGAUCUUCAUAGAAUAUUUCUCAUACUUAAGAACUAGGCUUAAUCCAUGUCUGGGGAAACUGGGCCCUAAAGUUUUCAGUAAAACAAAAGACAGGAACCUCUACUGGUCACAGGAGUUAUGACAAAUGUGAUUGAGUCCAGGAUCUUCCCAUGAUGGACCGUUGAUGACACUUGUCAAGAGUCUUGACCAAAAGCGAUUUGGUUUGGAGCUGGCCAACAGAAACCGUCUGAAACAGAGACAGAAUGGUGAAGGAGCGAGUCAGUGCCCACCCAUCUGCCCUGGAGGCACACAGACGGUCUUAAAGAGCUUCUGAAUCCUUACAGCGUUGUGAGAGAUUAAACAUCCCACUGCUGAGUGUCACCGCUGUUCUAUGGGGAUUAAAUUAUUGUUAGCACAUUUUGUGUCAGAUGGGUGAACUAAUGCUUAGUGUAAUUUGUUGUGAUUCAUGUUUGUCAUGAAUUUUUGUUUGUCAUUCUAUUCCAAUGUGCUUUUUGAAUAUAAGUCCAAUCAAAGAAGAUUUGACCAAAUGUAAGAACAUUUUUCAAUGAAAGAGAAUCAAAAAUUAGAUGUCAUAAUGUGUAAC